AUGCUUGUGCCAGCAGCAGAGUUGACAAGUCUUAUUUUCCAGCGUGAAAAAAUUGAUGUAGUAGAAGCAGUACGUGCAGUGAAGAAGUUUUUUCGCAUCAUGAACAAGCUAAGUGAGUCCAGUGAAGUUGUCUUUACUACUGGUCGUGUGAGUAAUUUCUUCAGUAAUCUGACCAACCAAGAGGAGCAAUUUAUUUACAAAGAUGUCAACCUGAGUCAUAUCAAACAGGCAAAAAACAGCCUUAAAUCAGCCAAUGAUGACAUCCUCUCUACUAUCAUUGAAUGUUUCAAAGGAAGAUUUGAUGAUAUUACCAAUACCGACAAUCUGUUCAAUGCUCUUGUGAAGAUUUUAGACACUGAAGUCUAUCCAGAACAAGGACUUGAUGAUAUUUAUGGUGAAGAUGAAGUGAAGUUGGUAAUCGACAGGUUUUGUGACUUACUCAGUGCAAACGGUUGUGAUGUCAUGAAAAUUGAAUGUGAGUGGGAUGAGCUGAAGCAAUUGGUUGUGACAACUGGAUUAAAAACCAUGAGAUAUGUUGAUGUCUGGGCAAAGUAUUUCAGUUCUUCAAAGAAAGAAUCUCUGAGCAACAUCCUACAUGUUGCUGAAAUUCUCCUGAUUGUUCCAAUCAGUAACGCAACUCUUGAGCGCAUGUUCUCAACAAUGAAUCGUAUCCACAGUGAUUGGAGAAAUUGCUUAGGAGAAAAGAGGGUUGAGAAUCUGCUAAGAAUUUGGGAGGAAGGGCCUGCACCAGAAAAAUUUGAUGCACAACCAGUGCUUGCAAGAUGGACUGAGAAAUGUGCCACACAACGAAGGCCUAAUGUGAGGCCAAGUGGGCCGAGAGCAUCUGGUUCUAAAACUAAAAGAAAACUGCCUGAAUCUCAGGUUGCUGAAACUGUGAAGAAGCUACUAGAGGACUCAGAGUCAGAUACAACAGAGCUAGAUGUAGACAUGUCUUCAGACAAGACAGACACUGAGUUUGAGUCUGACUGUGAUCUUGUAGAUGUUAGUAGUGACAGUGAUGAAUUCGAGAACUAA